CCCAAAAACAACCUAAGUUUUUCUCUCAAUUCAUGUAUUUAUUGGUUUCAUUGUACUAGUUGUUUGUCAGUUUUGUACCAAGAUAUUUCUUUUCUGAGAGGAACUCUUGUUAACUGUGAGUUCUUUCAAAUUAAUGGAAGGAACUGCAUUUGGAUGUGCAUGAGUUUUGCUAGAAGACAUGAGUACUGCAAAUGGUGGGACAGGGACUGGGACUGGGACUGGGACUGACGAGCACAAGAGAAAAACUAAUGAUUCUUUUCUUAAGAAUGGGGGUCAGCAAAACAUGUCAAGGUCACCUAGAUUGUGCACACCUAUUAAGAAGGAAUUGUCUGAAAAUUUGCCAAAUGACAAUGUGAUUGGUAAUCAGGACAAUGGUAUGAAUAGGUAUGUAAUUUCCUUCGCUGGAUCUGGACUUCCUAGUACUAGUUUGUGUUCUGGUUUAGAUUCUGAACACAUUGUUGAAAAGUUGUCUGCUGCUAUUAGGAAUUAUAAGAGCAAGAACCCGGAUUUAGUUACUCUCCCACAUAAUUCAAUACAGACAAGGAAUCAAUUGACGGUUGAGUCUAAGUAUAAUGACAUAAAUAGAGAAGUUGUUUCCAAGGUUGAAGAACAGAUACCAUUCAGAUUAAGUAAGGUACUUAAGGGAAAGGAUUUUGAAGUUUGGGACCUGAAGCCUUUGUCUGGUAAUAUUGUAAAUCAGAUUAUAAUCUCAAACAAUGCACAUCUUAUUAGCAGUAUGACCCAGAGUACUUCAUCUGCAUAUAAUUAUCCUCAGUUGAUUGUAAAGCAAACAAGGAAGGGAAAGGAGGUUAUUUGUGAAGAUUUAAAAGACAAAAGCUUCGGCAUUGUAGGAGGACACAAGAAUCUGGAGGAUGAGAAAUCUUUUGCAGCCAAGUUUCAAUCUGAUACACUGAGGAGAUCAAAUGUUGAUGAUGAUGAUAAUAAGCCUUUAGUGGAAGAAAAUGUAGUGUCUGGUAGCAAUGAAAUAAACUUAAGAGAGUGGCUGAAAUCUGAAUGUCAUAACAUGAAGAAAUUAAGAAAAAUUCAUAUAUUCAAGCAGGUAUUGGAAUUGGUUGAUUUUGCACACUCCCAAGGACUUGUCUUGCUAGACAUUUGCCCAUCUUGUUUCAUUUUAUUGUCUUCAAGUAAGAUUAAGUACAUUGGUUCAUAUGGUCAAGAACGGUUAGGCAAUGAAUUCAUGACCUGUAAUGUGACUAGGAAAAGGCCUCUGGAACAGAAUACCUGUGCUUGCCAAAGUUCAAGUACAAAGCAGCAAAAGCUGUUUGAAGAGACAGGAUCUUCUGGGCAGUCACAUCAAUGCUCCUUUACUCAUGGCUUCAGGACAAUAGUGAAUCAAACUGACUCUGACACAGUCAGAUCCUUGGAAUCAAGGAGUAAAGAUAUUUCUAAUUGUCAACAUACGUUUACCAAACAAAAUCAGUUUAUGUCUGCUAGCAUUCCAUUACAAGAGAAGUGGUAUUGUAGUCCAGAAAUGCUGAAUGAUGGAGUCUGCACCUUGUCAUCUAAUAUUUAUAGCCUUGGAAUUCUUCUUUUUGAAUUGCUGUGCACUAUUGAGUCAAGGGAGGCACAUUCAACUGCGAUGUUGGAGUUAUGUCAUAGAAUCUUACCACCUAAAUUUCUAGCAGAAAAUCCAAAGGAAGCUGGCAUUUGUCUUUGGCUUCUGCAUCCUGAACCAUCCUCUCGUCCUAAUGCUAGGAUCAUUUUAGAAUCUGAGUUUAUACGAGAAUCAGAGGAAUCAAGCUCUAUAGAAGAUGUUGGAAUAUCUGAUGAUGAGGCUGAAACAGAUAAAUUACUACAUUUUCUAACUUCACUCAAAGAAGAAAAGAUGAUACAGGCUUCCAAGUUGGAAGAACAUCUAAAUUUGUUGAAUGAAGAUAUUCAGGAGGUAGAAAGAAGAUAUUCAUUUGGUACAGAUUCAGUAUUUCCUUUGGCACAAAUGAAAAAUUCAGAAGUGAGUGAGAGAAAUUUGCAUUUUCAAGAUUCUUCUAGUUCAGACAUCAGUAGAUCCAUUCAAAGGUCAUUUGGUGAUGAAGAAAGAUUUAUGGCUAACAUAAGUCAGCUAGAGAAUUCUUACUUUUCUACAAGAAUCCGAGUCCUGCCAAAAGAUGCUUCAUCUAUUCCAAGCAAUGAUAAAAAUCUGAUGGAAAAUAGAUGGAGAUUGCCUCAAGAAGAGCAUGCAAAUAAGGAGCCUAGAAGAAUAAAUACUUCUGUUGGUUGUCUAGGAUCCUUCUUUGAAGGUUUAUGCAAGUUUGCUCGUUACAGCAAGUUUGAAGAGCGUGGCAGAUUAAGAAAUAGAGAUCUGCUUAGUUCUUCCAAUGUAAUGUGUGCUUUAAGUUUUGACCGUGAUGAAGAUUACAUGGCAGCAGGAGGAGUUUCAAAGAAAAUCAAGAUUUUUGACCUCAAUGCUAUUUCAAGUGAUUCUGUUGACAUUCAGUACCCAUUGGUUGAGAUGACAAAUAAAUCAAAGCUUAGCUGUGUGUGUUGGAACACCAAUAUUAGAAAUCAUCUGGCAUCUACUGACUAUGAUGGUGUUGUUCAGAUGUGGGAUGCAGACACUGGUCAGCCAUUGUCCCAAUAUAUGGAGCACCAAAAGAGAGCUUGGUCUGUUCAUUUUUCUCUGUCAGACCCAAAAAUGUUUGCUAGUGGAAGUGAUGACUGCUCUGUCAAACUGUGGAAUAUCAGCGAGAAAAAUUCUCUGGGAACCAUCUGGAACCCUGCCAAUAUAUGCUGUGUUCAGUUCUCUUCUUACUCAACAAAUCUUUUAUUUUUUGGAUCAGCUGAUUACAAGGUUUAUGGUUAUGAUCUUCGUCACACUAGGAUUCCGUGGUGCACAUUAGCUGGUCAUGGCAAAGCUGUUAGUUAUGUAAAAUUUAUAGAUGCUGAAGCAGUUGUCUCUGCUUCCACUGACAACUCCUUGAAGCUUUGGGACCUGAAGAAAACCAGCUCUUCUGGUUUGUCAUCUGAUUCUUGUGUCUUAAAUUAUAAAGGUCAUAGUAAUGAAAAGAAUUUUGUGGGAUUAUCUGUUUUGGAUGGAUACAUUGCAUGUGGUUCAGAAUCUAAUGAGGUGUACUGUUAUCACAAAUCACUGCCAGUGCCAAUUGCUUCUCACAAAUUUGAGUCAAUUGAUCCUAUUUCUGGUCAUCUAAAUAGUGGUGAUAAUAGUGGACAGUUUGUUUCUAGUGUUUGCUGGAGAAACAAAUCUAACAUGCUUGUUGCGGCCAACUCAGUUGGAAUUGUGAAACUGUUGCAGAUGGUCUGACAGAAAAGAUAAAAUAUUAAGUUGAGAUACUGAACCUGGAAAGCUUUCAUUUCUUGACUGCAUAAUUUGUUUAGUAUCCUUCAAAAGAUUAAGUUUGUGUUUUAUUUGAGAUAAAAUCUCAUGCUUCAA